GCUCUGGCUGGCUAGGGUUAGGGUUUUAGCCGCCUCCUACACCUCCGCCGCGGCGAGGAAGGGCCAUCGAUUCGGUUCCUUUCGAUGGAUGCGGCGCACAAGCGCAAGCGGCCGGAGGCCGAGGAGGACGGGACGGAGCCGGGGGCGGGGGCGGUGGCGGUGGACCUCUCCUCCCUGGAGGCCGCCGACGCCGUGGAGGUGCUCGACCUCCGCGCCGCCAAGCGUCUCCUGCUCGCCUUCGAGCGCCGCCUGCGCGACAACCUCGAGGCCCGCAUGAAGCACCCUGACGACCCCGCCCGCUUCGCCGACUCCGAGAUCGCCCUCCACGCCGAGACCGACCGCCUUCGCCUCCUCGCCGGCGCUCCCGACCUCUUCCCCGACCUCGUCCCCCUCGGCCUUGCCUCCUCCCUCUCCUCCCUCCUCACCCACGACAACACCGACCUCGCCGCCGCCGCUGCCUCCCUCCUCGCCGACCUCACCGAUUCCGACGACCCCGACGACCUCGCCGGCCUCCACUCGCUCGCCGAUGCCCUCGUCGAAGCCAACGCCCUCGACCUCCUCGUCCAUAAUCUCUCCCGCUUCUCCGAGGCUGACCCUGACGAAGCCGAGGCUGUCCAUCACACCCUCGCAGUCGUUGAAAACCUCCUCGAGCUCCGCCCCCACCUCGCCGACAUUGUCUGCGACCGCACCAAGCUUCUCCGCUGGCUCCUCGCCCGCCUCAAGGCACGCGAGUUCGAUGCCAACAAGCAGUACGCCUCAGAGAUCCUCGCCAUCCUCCUACAGGACAGCCCCGCCAACCAGAAGCGCCUGGGCCAGAUCAACGGAGUCGAUGGCCUGCUGCAGGCUGUUGCCAUGUACAAGUCCAGGGACCCAAAAACCUCUGACGAAGAGGAGAUGCUCGAAAACCUCUUUGACUGCCUUUGCUGUGUGCUCAUGCCAAUGGAGAACAAGGAGAGAUUUGUCAAGGCGGAGGGGGUCGAGCUCAUGAUCAUCAUCAUGAAGCAGAAAAAGCUGGCUUACAGCUCUGCCAUCCGGACCCUCGAUUUUGCCAUGACUAGGUUCCCACCUGCUUGUGAGCGCUUUGUUGAUGUACUCGGACUGAAGACUGCUUUUGCGGCAUUCAUGGGUAAGAUUCCUGUUAACAAGAAAAACAAAAAGGAGAGUUAUCAAGAAGCACUAGAAGAACGGGUCAUUUCACUAAUUGCAUCAUUGUUUGGUGGUAUUACAAAAGGUUCACGAAAAAUCAGGUUACUAGGAAAAUUUGUUGAGAAUGAAUGUGAAAAGAUAGACCGAUUGAUGGAAUUUUACACAAGGUAUUCAGAAAGAGUGAAAGCUGAAACUGAAAGAUUUGACGGUCUCGAUUUAGAUGAUCUAGAGAUGGAUGAAGAUGAGCGCUACAAUCGCAAACUUGAAGCUGGGCUUUACACACUCCAGUUAAUUGCACUUAUUCUGGGGCAUAUAUGGCACUCUGGCAAUUCACAGAUGAGAACAAGAAUAGAAUUGCUUCUAAGACAAAACAAGCUGACUAAGGAUGACGUUAAGGGUAUACUUCAGGAGUACCAUGACAACAUUGGAGAUCUGGAUGGGCCUGAAGAAAAGGAAAGAGCGCAAGGGCGGACAACGGAAAUCAUAGCAUCGUUGUGAUGUGUACUGUAAUUUGCAUCAUCAUCGUCACCUUUGUGCAACCAUUGGUGUAGCGCCCAUCUUUAGAAGAAUAUGAUGAUAUGAUUAGAAGAAGAGUGUACCAUUGGUUGCGUUGCAGUAAGAAGAGCGUACCUGAUUAGCAGGGUAUUCUAUUCUUUUGUAAACUAACUGCAUUGUACUAGUACAUGUACAUGUAUGUUGUUCUUU